AUGAUUAGCCAUUCUGAUGAGGAAAUACAAAAGAAAGAAAAUGAGAGAUCAUUGCACAUGAUAGCAUCACAUGGCGCUCCUGACAUCAUCAUAUCUGGCCACGACUUCUCCUCUUUCCGAUGGUUUGUGGAAGGGUGGGGACUGGGGAAUGCAAUUAAAGCUGUUGAGUAG